AGAGACAUUGGAGUACUGAGUACGAGUGAGAGAGGCAGAGUGAGAAUAUGAACAAACAGUGAGCGACUCAGAAGAAGAAGCGAAGAAAAGGAGGGAAGCAAAAAUGAGUACGGUCGACAAGAUGCUGAUCAAAGGCAUCCGAAGUUUCGACCCGGAAAACAAGAACGUCAUCACCUUCUUCAAACCCUUAACCCUAAUCGUCGGUCCCAACGGUGCCGGCAAAACCACGAUCAUUGAAUGCUUGAAGCUUUCUUGCACCGGUGAGUUACCUCCUAAUGCUAGGUCUGGUCACAGCUUCAUUCACGACCCCAAGGUUGCGGGAGAAACCGAAACCAAGGGACAGAUUAAGCUCCGGUUCAAAACCGCUGCCGGUAGAGACGUGGUUUGCAUAAGGUCAUUUCAACUCACUCAAAAAGCAUCUAAGAUGGAAUACAAAGCAAUUGAGAGUGUGCUUCAAACUAUUAAUCCUCAUUCCGGCGAGAAAGUUUGCCUUAGCUAUAGAUGUGCUGACAUGGAUCGAGAGAUUCCUGCACUCAUGGGUGUUUCGAAGGCCAUUUUGGAAAAUGUUAUAUUCGUUCAUCAAGAUGAAGCAAAUUGGCCACUUCAAGAUCCUUCCACGUUAAAGAAGAAGUUUGAUGACAUCUUUUCCGCAACUCGAUACACAAAGGCACUUGAGGUUAUAAAGAAACUUCACAAGGAUCAAGCUCAAGAGAUAAAGACUUACAAGCUGAAACUGGAAAAUCUUCAAACUCUGAAAGAUGCGGCUUACACGCUUCGGGAAAACAUCACACAUGAUCAAGAGAAAGCAGAAUCUCUAAAAGAUCAGAUACAGCAGUUGGAUGGAAGCAUUAAAGAUUUGGACGCUAAAAUUGAUCAUGUGGAUAAAACAUUGAAACAUUUGCUGGAGCUAAAGGGGCAAAUAUCAAGUAAAACUACAGAACGAAGCACUCUAUUUAGGUCACAACAGAAGCAAUAUUCUGACCUUGAGGAGGAGUUUGAAGAACCUGAUGAGGAGUUGAUGGAAUCGAAGACCAAGUUUGAUGAAAAGAUUGCAAAUUCACAAACACAAAUAAGCAAGUUGGAUAGAGAGAAGUCUGACAUUAACACAAAAUUUCCUGUCCUUAAGAAGACCAUCGAUAACUCCAUCUGGGAGAUCAGCAAGCUACAAACUGAAGCAGAAGCUCACAUGUCUCUGAGGAGUGAACGAGAUAGUUGCAUUAAAAAUAUUUUUGAUAGGUAUAACUUGGGAUCUCUUCCAAAGCCACCCUUCAGUGCUGAGGAUGCUUUGAACCUCACUAAUCGUGUAAAAUCAAGGUUGGGGGAUCUUGAGAAGGAUCUUGAAGAUAAAAAGAAUGCAAAUAACACUGAACUCAAGAUGGCAUGGGAUUGCUACUUAAAUGCAAAUGAAAGUUGGCAAAAUACUGAAGCUAAAAUACAAACUAAGAGAGAGCACAAGGCUGGCAUUAUAAAGCGCAUUGAAGAGAAGAAAAAUGAGCUUGAGUCAUUCGAACUUGAAAUAUCUAAUAUAGAUGUUUCUCAUUUAGACGAGAGAGAAAGAGAAUUGCAAAUUCGUCUGGAGGGGAAGAUCAAACAACGUGAUGAAAGAGAAUUUGAACUAAAGAAAAGUGAAAUCGAAAAUAAAGCCCUUAAUGUGGAGCAAAAGAUUAGAGCUCUCAAUCGAGAGAUGCUUACAAUGGCUACUGAUUCAAAGGAAAGAGAAAAAUUAUCUCUUAUGAAGGGAGACUUGGAGACAAAGAAGAAGCAACAUAAAAAGAUAAUUGAUGACCAAAAAGAUAAAAUAAGAAGGGUGCUAAAAGGGAGGAUUCCUUCUGAUAAGGACCUGAAGAAGGAAAUCACACAAGCAUUAAGGACUGUUGUAGCUGAGUUUGAUGAUCUGAAUGCUAAGUAUCGAGAAGCUGACAAGGAAGUAAAUGUUUUGCAGAUGAAAGUACAAGAAGCAGACAAUAACUUAUCUAAACACCAAAAGGAUAUGUCAUCAAGAAAGAAAUUUAUCGAAUCCAAGCUUCAGUCUUUGGACCAGCAAGGCUCUGGAAUCGAUUCUUAUCUAAAAGUUUUAGAGUCUGCCAAGGAGAAAAGAGAUGUACAGAAAAGCAAAUAUAACAUUGCAGAUGGUAUGCGACAAAUGUUUGAUCCUUUUGAAAGGGUUGCAAGAGCACAUCAUUUUUGCCCUUGCUGUGAGCGUUCUUUCUCGGCAGAAGAAGAAGACAGUUUUGUCAAGAAGCAAAGAGGGAAGGCUGCUAGUUCAGCUGAACAUUUGAAAAUUCUUGCUGUGGAGUCCUCAAGUGCAGACUCUGAUUAUCAGCAGUUGGAGAAGCUUCGUAUAUGGUAUGAAGAAUAUGUUAAACUUAGCAAGGAGACAAUCCCCAAUGCUGAAAAGGAACUCCAGCAAGUCAAGGAAGAGCUGGAUCACAAAUCCCAGGCACUUGACGAUGUUUUAGGUAUUUUAGCUCAAGUGAAGACUGACAAGGAGUUGGUUGAGCCGGUGGUGAAAUAUGUUGAACAUGCUGAUCGAAUUUUCCUCGAAAUUCAAACUUUGCAAAAGAAAGUUGAGGAUUUAGAAAGUGAGCUUGGUUGUGGAGGACCAGAAGUGAGGACUCUAGAAGAAAUUCAAUUGGAGCUCGUUGCAUUGCAGGGAACAAAGGACAAUUUGCAUACUGAGUUGACGAAUUUGAUGGAUGAGCAGAGGAAUAUGGAUACUGAUAUAUCAGGUAUUCAAUCACGGUUGCAGAAUGCAAGGGCUGAUAAAAUGAAUGCAGCUAUGAAAUUGCAAGAUGUAAAAAGAUUAGAAGAAGAAUUAGAACGAUUGACAGAAGAAAUGACCCAAGUUGAUCUUGAUGAGAAGAGUCUCACGGAAGCCUUUGGACCUUUAUCCAAGCGCAAAGAUAAAAUACGUGCUGACUAUAAUGAAUUGAAACUUAGACUUGACCACGAGUUUGAGAAUCUGGUUGAAAAAAAAAGAAUUUAUCAGCAAGAAGCUGAAGCAGUUUUUGGAAUGACUUCUAAGAUCAAAGAGUACUCUAACUCAAAGAAAGGAGACAGGUUGAAGGAGCUGCAGGAAAAGAAAUCUCUAUUAGAAUCUCAACUGCAAAGUUGUGAAACCAGGAUGCAGGAAAUUAUAGAUGAACUAGACAAAAGGAAAGAUUUGUUGCGAAAUACUGAUUUGCUUAGAAGAAAAAUUGAGGACAAUUUAAAUUACAGAAAAACAAAGGCUGAAGUAGAUGAGCUUGAACAUGAAAUUGAAAUACUUGAAGAAAAUAUGUUGAAGAUUGGUGUAUCUGACACAAUUCAAACCGAACACCAGAAAUUAUCCCAGGACAGGCAGAGGCUUCUUUCGGAGUCAAACAGGUGCAAAGGAACAAUAGAUGUUUACCAAAGCAAUAUUUCCAAAAAUAAGAUUGAUCUUAAGCAGGCCCAAUACAAGGACAUAGAUAAGCGAUAUUUUGAUCAGCUUAUCCAGCUUAAGACAACUGAAAUGGCAAACAAAGACCUGGACAGAUACUACAAUGCACUUGACAAAGCACUGAUGCGAUUCCACACAAUGAAAAUGGAAGAAAUCAACAAAAUUAUAAGAGAAUUGUGGCAACAGACUUAUAGAGGACAGGAUAUUGACUGCAUUAGUAUUCAUUCUGAUUCCGAAGGUGGUGGUACCCGAUCCUACAGUUACAAGGUUCUCAUGCAGACUGGUGAUGCUGAGUUAGAAAUGAGAGGAAGAUGUAGUGCAGGACAGAAGGUACUGGCAUCUCUCAUCAUACGGUUGGCUUUAGCGGAAACGUUUUGCCUCAAUUGUGGAAUUCUUGCAUUGGAUGAGCCAACCACAAAUUUGGAUGGUCCAAAUGCUGAAAGUCUGGCUGCGGCUAUCCUGAGGAUCAUGGAGGACAGGAAAAGCCAGGAAAAUUUUCAGCUAAUUGUAAUUACUCAUGACGAGCGUUUUGCUCAACUGAUUGGUCAGCGCCAGCAUGCGGAGAGAUAUUAUCGAGUCGCAAAAGAUGACCAUCAGCACAGUAUAAUCGAAUCUCAGGAGAUAUUCGACUGAAAGAUGGAUUUUAUUAGCUACUCCUUUGAGUUGGCUUGUUGGAGGAAUUGGCAGAUCUGUAAAAUCCACGCAAAGGCAUAUAUCAAGUUGUUCUUGAUGAGAUAUUCUAACUAAAAGACUGACACUUGUUGUAGAUUUACCAUUUGAACGCUAAUUUCUUUAAGUUUGUUUUUUGUUUUGGCAUUUCAUCCUUUGUGGCCAUUGUGAAGUUUUAAAAUUAGAACUGUGUAAAAAAGACAACAGUUCCUUUUAUCUGAUGGCAGACUGUAAUCUGUAUAAUGAAUGGUAGGGUUUGUGGCCUGGAUCGCAAUGAUUGUGAAUACUGAGGCUAUUAGAUCAAUACACUAGUUACUGAGGCUAUUAGAUCAAUACACUAGAAGUAUGAAAAGAGAAAA